AGCUUUGUUUUGGUGAGCCUCAUGCAUCAGCUUCUGGUUCAACAGCAGUGGCUGCAGUUCUUAGUGAGUUCCCAAGGGGUUUGGCAGAGGUUGUACAAAAAGAGGUCACUCACUACCUGGGAGCUCAGUCCGGCCACGUGCCUCACAGCAGGGCCGAUGCCAGGGCCACGGCAGCCCAGGGCAGCUGAGAGGGGCUGUUCGAGGUGGGGCCGAAGGCUGGGGCUGGGGCGUUUGUGACAUCACGGUGCGUCACAAUGCGGGGCUGGUAUUGAGGCCAUCAGCAGGCAGCGGCUGCUCCACUUUGGCCUGGGCCAGCGAUCAUGGCUUUGGCGUUUGUCUUCUCGUUGUUGGCGCAGAGAGUGCCAUGUGUUGGUGAUUAUUUGGAUGAGGAAACCCUCAACCGCAUGCAGCAGCGUGAGGAGUAUCUGCAAGAGCAGAUGACAAAGCUGCUGCUGGAGAUAGAAGAAAUGGAAAUGGCGCGGAGCAGGAUGGGCUUGCAAGCCCUGCUCUUUGCUUUGUUGCCAUACUGGAAAACUGUGAGCGUUCUUUGUCUCUUCGUCUUUCUGUUUUGGUUCAUGUGGAAGAUCCACAAGAAGUUCCGGGGCGUUGAAGACGACAGUGAUGUGGAGAGCUCCAGCAGUGAGGAGCAGCAGCAGGAGCAGCAGGAGCAGCAGGAGCAGCAGGAGCCGGUGGUGGAAGUGGAAGCAAAGGAUGAAUUUGUCUUUGCUGAAGAGUUCUGGCCAAUCCAUACCCAUCAAGAGGAUGGUGAACACAUCCUCUCGCUGUUGCGUCACCUCAUCGAUAUCUGCCAAUAUAUCGUGGCGGAUACUUUCUAUCCAGUGCCAGCACACACCACCGGGGUGGGCAGUGUCUAUGAAGGCUGGUGUCCCCUUGUAAAUAAGCCUGUCUUCUGCGUGGUUGUGUCCCUGUUGGCCCCCCGUGGGCACACUUUCCACCCAGAUCUGGGCGCCCCAGAGGAGCUGCCAGCGAGGAACUCCCGUGUCCGUGUAGAGCUGGAAUGCACGUGCGGGAGGGAGCAGGAGAUGCGCAUGCGAUGCUUCCUCCACGCCUCCGCGGAAGAGCUGAGAAAUCAGCAGUCCAACGUCCUACGCAACCUCUGCACUGACUCCUACCUGGAUGUGGAGAAGACUGCCCAGUGGUUCCAGAACCUGAUCAGAAAUGCCUGGAAAUACACGCAUUUGUCAGCAAUGUGCAGCAUGAAUGUGACGCAGUCCAAGCGCUCCUGCAGGCUUCAGGUGACAGAUGUCUACAAGAAAAUCUUCUUAGUUGAGAUGCUGUUUGGCGUACAGCAAGAUGACACGGACAUCUUUCUGAGCAGCCAGGAGACAGAGGUCGGUACUACUCCCAGCACGAUCUGGCCACAGAGCUGUACUGUGGCAGAAGUGAAGUUCUUCCUACUUGUAGCCGCCCGUGCCGAGGAGAGGAAUUUCUACAUCAGAUAUAUGCAAGUGUGCACCUAUAUCCUGGCGGGCCUCAACUUUUCAGUCUAUGAACUGAAGACAGUGCUCAUGCACCUCCUGACUGCCAUCCCUUUGGAAGGUUGGCAUAGGAGCUAUUUCCUGGAGCGGAUCGAUGACAUCUUGCGCUACCUGCGCUGCUGCGUGGAGGAGAAGCAUCUGGGCCACUUCUUCAUUGGAAAUGAAGACGUGCCUGCAGAGAUUAUCUUGCCGCAGGAUUUCCGAGAGUCCGAACCGCUCAACCUCUUCGAGCACCUGGAGGAUCCGGAAAGACAUAAGCAGGCACUGCAGGAGUUGGAGGAGCUGCAAGAUCGGCUCAUGAGCCUGCUGAUCUAUGGGAAGUGAGAGACAUCCACUUGUCCCACAGACGAGCACCCUGAACACGGAGAAGACACCGCUCCGUAGGCAGUGGGAAUUGCUCCUGGAUGUUUUCUCCACACUGGGGCAGCCAUACCCCACGCCGAUGAAGAGGGUGCUGCGUGAACACUUGAAACAGAGACUCUUCAAACCAGCUGGGCAGAGACCACCCAGCCUCUCCAAGAGCAUCUGUUUGCUCCGGGAGCAUUUAGAAGAACCUGAUCUGAAGAAGUAGAGCACAAUGUACUUUGUAACGUGUGCUUAGAAACAGCUGAUGCGAACAAGCAGAAAUACCACCUGUUGAAGUCGCGUAUUUUAGAACUAUAGUUGUUGAAUGAUGUGAUUGUCACUUUUCAAGCUCUAGUAGAAUUAUAUGUAUAUAUUAUCUAUUGUAUUAUAGAGUAGAAAGUAUGUUGUAAGUCUGUUCUGUUCUUUUAUUAAUUUUAAUAAACAUAUUUAUUUUUAUAA